GAGUUCUUCCGCCUCGUGGGUGAGGUGAGAAGGAGUGAAUAAAUCUUUUUUUCCAUGUAUUUGUGUUAGUUGGAAUUUACACCUAAUUCUCUAAGUACAAUUGAAGGUACAAAUAGACUGAAGUUAUACUUUUCUUUGCACGCAAGUCUCGUUCUAAUUUCACACCUAAAUUCAUUCAUAUAGGGAGAGAUUCUUGUUCAGUGUUUUUUUUUUCGAGUAAUCAUCUUGGAAAGUUCUGGAAUGGAACAAUGAAGGGAGAUGUUGCAUAAUUGGAAGAAGAGUGGUGCUACAUUUGCAAUAUCUUUGCCAAUAUUUGCAGUAGUGGCCGAAGAACAUUCCGUUAUUGCAUUAUAUCAUCGGCACGUCGUGGUGAGUGUCGGGAACUGGAUGAGGCAGUGUGGAUGAUUGUGUGGAAGACACGAGUCAUUCUUAGUUGAGCGACGCAACGGGCAACGCGGAAUUCAAGAUACUUCCUCCAAGAAGCUCUUGAAGUUCUUGGUUCAAGACAUUUCACGCUCAUCACCAAGACACAAUCAACUCAUUAUCGCAAUUUUCUCUAAACCCCCAACGACACUGUUGAGCUCAAUCGCCGGAAAUUGAAUACUUCCUUAAAGAUAGUCUCAAGUGUGGACGUUUUUGGGAGCUCCAGACUAUUAACGGGUCAUCGGAAGAUGCAGUGGCUGAGAGCGGUGGUGGUACUUGUAGCUGUCCUCCUGCUGGAUGCUGCAGUGGCACGUCCCAAAUCUGCUGAUGCUGAUCUCACCACCAGCGACAGAUCAGGCAUUCAUGUUGAAGAAUCAACAGAGUAUGAUAAGAGAUCAUCCCUGGCGGAUUCCAUUAUUCAGGUGACGGAUCAACUGAUAACAACACCCAGGGAUGUCACCAAUAACACGAUCCUGAACAGCACGCUGGUGCUGGAGGAGGCUGUGCAGGAUGAGGGCAAGGCCAAUGGGGAGAUCUUCGUGGGGGAGGAGGAGGAGAGUGGACACCGUGGUGUUGCUGUACCACUCACAAUGAAGGAUCUCGAGAGGGAGAUGGCAGAAAUGGAUAUUCGUCUCAAGGAGAGCUCAACACCCAAGGAAGGCAUCUCUACAUGGAUCCUCCUGAGUGAGAGUAGCUCAACAGCAAAUCCAGACCUCAAAGGACCAACUUAUGAGAUUGGUAUUGAGGGAAAAGCCACAACUGAUGAGAUUGCAACGGUUCCCAAAAAAACUGAUGUGGUGUCCAAGGAGGUGAAUGUUGAGACACCCAAAGUCAUUAGUGGAAAGGCUCCAGUGAAGAAUAAUUCACAGAAGAAGAAACAACCCUCGAAGGAUCAAGAAGGUUCUGAAAAAGUCACAAAGGCAAAGAAACGAACUACCACAAGUGCUCCUAUUGAGGAUACAACUGCAGCAAGUCCUAAAGAUGAGCCCACAACCAGACAAACUCCAGCAGUGGAAACUACAACAUUCCUGAUCCUUGAACCCAAGGAUGCGGAUUUUGAUUUGCCACAGGAUCGAUCCCCGAGUCUCCAUAAGAAAACGAAAGUCGCAACAAAAGCUCCAAAUAAGCCACAGCAGAAGAAGAAGAACAAUAACAAUCGGAAUAAGAAAAAACCACAGGAUCAGGGCAGUCCCAAGCCGGCUAAUAAUAAACCUGCUCAGAAGGAUAAGCCAAUCUCCACGAAGAUCUAUAAUUAUCUGUCGAGGGAGGUGAUGCCGACGGUGGGAGUGAGUUUGGUGGGUCUUGUGGUGACUGCGGGGAUUGCAAGUUAUCUUCUUGGUGGUCCCUUUGGGGCUCUUCGUCGGUCCUACGAUGUGGACAGGAAGGAUGAUGUGUACUUCAACAAUAACGAGGAAUAUGCAGGACCUGAUGGGCAAUUUGAGGAGGAGUGGUUGAGUAAAGUUAUGGCGGGAUCACCGUCUUACAGGAAUAGCAUCCGAUAUCAUGCUUAUAGACCAGUCCAGGCUCCCAAUCAAGUUUAUCAUACUUAUGCUGCUUACAAGUAUCCUCAGUAUAGUCGAUACAGGACAACGGGGCAUCAUCCUGUACCCCAGCCUCAGUACAAUCCUCAUCCUGUCCAUCAGCCUCUACAUCAACCUGCUGGGAAUUACCAUGCCUACAAAUCCUAUAAUCCCGUCCAGCAGGUUGACAUGAGGAAUACUCAGAAGUCUAUCAGUGGAUCUGUAUCUUAUGUCCCCAAUGAGAUGCCCACAAAACUCCACCAGAGCCAAAUGCCUGGAGAAACUGUGUCAGAAUUGAAGGCUUCGCAGAGCAUCACUGUUGGCAGUGCCAGUGAUUCGUCAACGGAGAAAGACAAUGUCCUGCAGCAUCGAUCUCAGUUUGUUGUAGGCUCUGUGAUUUCAGAUCAGGCAGACGAUGAUACAAUGCCCGUGCCGGAGCAUGGACCUCGUCGCCGACGAAAUGCCCCUGAUGAUCGGAAUUCACGUGGCCUCGAAGACAAUGAGGUGGAUGAUGAUAUGAAUGAAAUUGAAGGACCAAAAGAUCCCGUAACCAAUCCCCAAACCCCCGAAAUCACAGAUACCACAUCCCCAGUGGACAUGAUAUCCACAACGGAGAAUCUGGAAAAUGUACCAGUUCAAGAAGAUACGAGUUUCUUCCACUUGGUGCGGCGUCUUGUGGAUCUCAAGAUACGUUUUGGAUUGAGCUUCUUGCAGAAUGCCACAGCGACUUUUCAGAGGUAUCUUCAGGGUGUUCAGGAACGCAUAGAUAAUUCACCCACUUUCACCUACUGAUCUCCAAAUGACCUUCCACUUAUUUCUCCGUGAUACGAUACUCAGACUUGAUUCUCUUUCUUCUAUUACUCAUGAUGACUCUCGACAUACUUUCCCAGUCGUAGUGGUAGCUAAUCAAAUGGAUUCAGACACGUGAACCAGGGUUCUAACGGAGGAAGUGAUUAGGGAAAUUAAUUUGCCAAGCAUUUAUAAUUUCCAGAAGAGAUUAUCAUUACAGUUUAAUAUUCUUUGAGAGAGAUCUUGCAAUUAAGAAUAAAGCCACGCAAAAAAAAAGAUUGUUCAAUAAGAGAAAGAUCAAUUUGCAAGAUCUUAAUUUAAAAUAAUAUCCAGGAAAAAAGAACAUCUCUCACAAGAACCUUCCCAGGAUGUUAGAACUCGCCAAAUUAAUAAAAUUAAGCAAUAGUGGAAAGAACAGGAAUUGAUUAUUGAAUCUUGUAUCCUGGGAAAUAAAAUUUUUUAAUAAAAAUUAGUAUAAGCGAACAAAAAAUUUGUGUUAGGGAGAGAGAUAAAAAUCCUCACGAAAAAGAAAUAAUUUAUUUUUUAACACACUCUUUUUAUACCGAAUUUCAAGUAAUAUCUGUAUAUAUUUAAAAAAAAAGAAAUCUAAUUAAAUUAUUCAACAAACUAUUUAUAAUGUGGAACAAAACUUAGAUUAAAGAAAACAAAAAAAAGAUGAAAAAAACUCAAAUUCUUUCUAAAUUAAGUACAAUAAAAAUCUAUUUGAGAAAAAAA